CUUUCUUGUUGCUUGAUUCAAUAAUUUUGAGAGGUUUUUUAGUGGACUCUACUUCUACUACUUUUGAAAAAUAAAGGUAAAUAAAUACAGACUUCCCGCCGGAAGACGUCGGAAAAGGAAAACCCAUUAGUCGAUUGGAGCCUACGGUUGAAUCUGUGAGUCACGCCGCAGAGAGAUGGAAGAACGAUUGAAGUGGCUAGCUCUGGUGGGAGCCGGCGCUCUUUUCGGCUCUGUUUCUACAGCUGUCCUUCUAAAGCUUCUUUCCGAUCAAGUUGUGAACAAACGCAAUGGUCGAAAGGCAGUCCAAUUUGAUAGCAAAGGAAUUAUAUCUGAGCCGAAUAGGAAUGACUGCCUUGCUGUUGUAGAUGGUAAUCAUGGGUUGGCUGGUCCAGACCUUUUAAAUGAUGAAAUUGUUUCCGAGCAACUUACUAGGAAUGUUCAAUUUUUCGGCCUUCAGUCCCAACAAAAAGUGGCUGCAUCCUAUGUUGUUAUCAUUGGUCUUGGGGGUGUUGGGAGUCAUGCUGCAUCUAUGCUUUUGAGAUCAGGAGUUGGCAAGAUCCUCCUUGUGGAUUUUGAUCAGGUGUCACUUUCAUCACUAAAUCGACAUGCUGUUGCUACAAGAGAGGAUGUUGGUAUCCCAAAAGCUCAAUGCCUCAAGAAACACUUCUCAUUAAUUUUUCCAGAGUGCCAUACAGAUGCAAAAGUGCUGCUGUAUGAUGCCUCAACUGAGGAAGAAAUUCUGUCAGGCCAGCCUGAUUUUGUUUUGGACUGCAUUGACAACAUUGAAACAAAGGUUGCACUUCUUGCAGCCUGUGUUCAUAGGGGUUUGAAGGUUCUGUCUGCAACAGGAGCCGGUGCUAGAGCUGAUCCAACAAGAAUUCGAGUGGCUGAUUUGAGGGAGUCAACAAAUGACCCACUAUCUCGAGCAGUAAGACACAGGUUGAGGAAAGAUUAUGGCAUUGAAGGUGGCAUUCCUGUUGUUUUUUCUUUAGAGAAACCUAAGGUCAAGCUGCUUCCAUUCAAGGGACCUAGUGGAGAAGAAGAAAAUCCAUCGGACUAUCAGAUAGUACCCGGUUUCAGGGUUCGCAUCAUACCUGUUCUGGGAACCAUUCCCGCAAUUUUUGGACAAGUUAUGGCCUCGUAUGUUGUGACGCAACUUGCAGGGUUGCAUGUUCAAACAGAGCCAGUGGUAAAUUUGGAUAUGGAUCACUACAGGAUUCUUCAUCAACGCCUUAUUGAGCAUGAGGAGUUACUGUAUGGCACCACUGUGCAAGUUCAGGUAGAUGUUGAAGAAGUUAUGUAUGUCGCAAAAGAGUUGUGGUCUGGCCGAAGUGCGAGGGAUGAAUCUAUAAAAAGCACUGGACGGGGAAUGUGGCGUUCUGUUAAUGAGUUAAUGCUUGUUAGGUGGGAUAGUGCAAAGCCAGCAUCUGUCUCAAACUUGAUUCUUCUAAAAUUCAAAGAGGCGGAUGAACAUGAAUCAAGAACUCUCGGUGAUAUAAAGCAGAAGGAACCAGAAUUUUUUGCAAGGGUGACAUCUGUGCUAAAGCGAGCUGAACUGGACUUCUACCUGUAAGUGUGACAGCUUUUUCCUUCAGAUAUCACAUUUGGAGGAAUUGAAGGAUUGGGGUGUGGUACAUGAAGCAGUUCCUUUCUUUUUGGUAGAUGAAACUCAAGAAACCUAACUGCAAAAGCAGAGUCUAUGAAAGAAAGGCAAAGAUGAAAAAGGAAACUCUUUGUUCUAAGGUGGAAGGAGCAACAAAGCCAAGAGUAGGCCAAUGAUCUGCUGUUGUUUAUCCCAAGGGGCACAAAAAAGCCAAGAUUAGCCAAUCUGCCAAAUGGUUGGCUACUCUGAGGGCAUGUUGAGUCCAUGCUGAUGAAAACAUUUUGGAUUGCGUUGUGUAAGCUUCUCGGCAAUUCAUGCUAAGCCUCUGUCAGCCUGUUUCUAGUUCACUUGGAAGGUGGUGUGAACUCUACUUGUCAGGUGCCCCCUUGCAUUAUCUUAAACUAGGUAAAAUCCCUGUGCGAUGUGUUAACAUUGUUUAUAAUACUAUUUUUAGAACCUUCUGGUGAUACUGAAGUUGGAUAACAAAAAUUUUGAGAUUUGUUUGGUUAGUAAAAAUCAUAAUAUAAUUUUAAUACACUUUAAAUGUGCA